AUGAAGCCGGAUCGUGAUCACGAGGAGCAACCCCCAGGACGAAGCUGGAUCGCGAUCACGAGGAGCAACUAUCCUGGCCUCCUACGCCGCACCUCGUGCAUUCUACAUGAUGUCAGUCUGCUCUAUGCACCCAGACCCUCACGCCGUUCCGCGUCCUCGCGUCUGUCCUCUCUCGCUCCUCACCCCACCGUGACGCAUCCGGGUCCCUCGACUUGCUCCCUGCAACCACCCACAACGAGCUGCUACUCACCCUGGCGAUCGAUGCGACUGCGUCCUCCCGCCAUCGUCAUUCUGUGUCUCUCGCGCUCAUCUACUAGUAUUGUUUCGCGAUGGUCGCGCCCCGCAAGCCAUCGACAGUCUCGCUUUGUGGCCACAACGGUCGUCUCAGAUGCCCAGCGCUCCGUCGUUCGCAAACGCCCCCACGAGCACCCCGACCGCGACGGUCCGUCCUCCCUCACGCCGACGUCCGUCCGAGCAUGCGCAUCGCUCAUCGAACAAGACAAACCAAACGGCGCGUCUCUCCCCAUCUCGUACUCCCCACGCAAGCCAUCAGCACACAGCACAUGCACGCUGGCCACAGACGCGUGCGCAUUGCGCUAUCUCCAAGUCAACACCCGCGCCCACGGACCGUGCAUAGCCCAGCGGUGCACGGCGUGCAUCUCCUCCCCGGUGAGCCCUCUCUUUGCGGACCGCCACAUCGUCUUCCACACGGCCGACGUGCGCGGCUGCAUGCCGAGCGCAGACAGACGGUGCGUCUCUCGCCAUCUCGUAUCAACCAUCCUGGCCUCCUAUGCCGCGCACCUCGAGCCUCUACUCGACCACCUGCAACCCGAGCACACGACCUGUGGGUCGACCCUGACAUGCCUGCAAGCCCUCCGUGUACGGACCGGCCGCCUUGAUCAACCUUGUUACGACACGUUGGCCCAAGCCAACCGUGACCGACGCGGACCACCGGACUGCAAGACUCUCCGCACACUGAUAACGUCGUCCUACACGAACACUGACGCUUCGCAAGGCCAUAGCAACAGAUGGGAAGGAGGAAAAUAUAUUCGGUAG